AUGGAGAACUUCACACAUCCGUACACAUCUCUGCUUCUUGAUUUCAUAUUCACAUUGCCUAGAAGUGAAUAUUUACAGUUCAAUAGCACUGAAUCUAGCAGAAGUUUUACCAGCACAGUUUUUGGAAGAAACGGUUCUGAAAAUAGUCUGACGUCCCUCAACGGAAAUCGUACAAGAGUAUUCCGGGAUAGGGUUUCCGAAAUGAUUGUUAACAUAAGCACUCCGAUGUCAACGUCUCAGGAUGUAACGACGCAGCAGAUCAUUGGCGAUGACGUCAGGGAUGUCAUCAUAAUUGUCAACAUGGCCGUCCUGUGCCAGAUCGUCAGCGUGGCAGGCGUGAUCGUCAACGUGUUCAACGUCUGCGUGUUUGUAAAGCAGGGGUUUCGGGACGCCCUUAACGUGACCUUGGCCAGCCUCGCUUUGGCUGAUCUCGGCAUCGUCUCGUUUGCCGUCUGGCUGUGUGUCUGCUACAACCCUCUCUUUUCGAAGCUGGACCUUCCUUUCAAACCGAUGGAGUUUGUCUACUUGACCGCUGGACUACCUAGGCUCUCGUGCGCCAGGGUGUCCAGCUGGAUCUUAGCCAUUGCCUCCCUAGAGCGCUGCCUCUGCAUAACCAUGCCGCUGACGUUCAGGUCAAUCAUUACGCCAAGACGUUCAUUUGCUUUCGCAGUACUAGUUUACGCAGUAAUGGCUGCGAGCGUGCUUCCGGUCUACUACACCAGCCGCCUCGUUUGGAGUUUCGAUUCGGCCCGGAACACCACCAUGGUCAGCCUCGUUUUCACCAACGAUCGCUUCGCUGUCGACAACGUUGCUUUCAUGGUCGGCGUCUUCCUGUCCGUGGCUUCAUUCGCCAUUGUGGCCGUCUGCACGACCAUCUUAAUAUGGAGUCUCAGGAAGAAAACAAAAUGGCGGGAGCAGGCGAUUGCCAAAGUAGGCUCGGACAGUAAGUUCCCCCUAGUUUCAUCUAGAAACAAACGCGUCGGGAAAAUGGUCUCCGUCAUCUCCAUCUUCUUUAUCGUCUGCUACACGCCAAACACAGUCAACCAGCUGGUUAUGUCCCUUGUUCAGGACUUCGCUAAAAACGGCUCGCAAGUCAACGCUAACCAGGUGUCGUGGUCUUUCGGCUUCCUGUUGGAAUCCGUCUACUCCUUAGUCACCAUCAUUAUCUACUACAAGAUGAGUUCCCGAUUUCGUGACACCGUGAUCUCGAUGUUUCAAAGGAAUAGAGGUUCAGAUCACAUGAACUCAACAUCUUCCUAUUCAAGUAAUGGAAAUCAACAGUGGCAGUAA